AUGAGCACAACAACUACUGGCUUAUCUCCAAGACACGAUCCAAAUGYCGUAAGCCACCAGCAGCAGCAGGAGGGAACGUCGUCCAUUUCGAAUAACCAGCAGCAACCACCACCGAUCCCACCAUCGUUACCACCUGCACGAUUAACUGCUUCACAAAGUUUUAUAAAAACUGCUCAUCCUCUUGAUCAUCUACUUGUUGGAAGUAGAGAAGAUUACAUCAUCUGUGUUCCGUUAUACGAAGCUUCGAUUAAUGGAGAUUGGGAAGCUGCAAAUCGCAUCCUUGACCGAAGAGAGCUUGUACGAUUUAGUAUCACUGAAAAUUAUGAAACUGCACUUCACAUUGCCGCAUCUGCCCAAAGUAUCGAGUUCGUGGAAAAGCUUGUGAACUUGAUGGAGAAGGAGGACCUGGAACUAAAAAACAGAAGUGGAAACACAGCCUUCUGCUUGGCAGCUGCAGCUGGAAAUACAAAAAUGCUUGAGAUUAUGGUGAACAAGAAUCGGGGAUUACUAACAAUCCCAGGAAGUCAAGGAAUGAUGCCACUCUACAUGGCUGCGUUAUUUGGAUACCAUGACACCGUGAAAUAUUUGUAUGAUAAAUCUCAAAAAAUGAAGGAUGAUUCUUGGACACCUAAGAAUCGAGGUUGGGUUCUAUUGAAAUGCAUCGAGGCUGAUCAUUUUGAUAUCGCACUAAAUAUACUGGAAGAUUGCCCAGAGCUUGCACGAACUGACGGUGUACUUGGAGUUUUGGCUCGAAAACCUUAUGCAUUUAAUGAUAUAAAACCACAUUUUUCCUCGAAAAUCAUCAACGGGAUUUUAUCAGUAGUUCAAUGGAGGGUACCUGGAACUUCAGUAAAGGAAAGUGAAGCCAUGAAAUUACUGAACAUAAUUUGGAAAAAUAUUAUGAAAAUGCCUAAGGUCGAUAUUGAUAACUUACUGAGAGGCCCCUAUGACAAAAUUAUCAAGAAUGGAAAACUAGUCUUGAAUAUGAAGGGUGGAAAGCCGACCUACUCUUCYCGAAUAUUAUUCGUUGCUGCGGAAAUGGGAAACGUCAAAUUUGUGGUGGAGCUCAUUCGUCAAUGUCCUGAUCUUAUAUGGAAGCUGAAUGAUAAUAACCAGAGUAUAUUUCACAUUGCUGUCGCUCAUCGUCAUGAGAAUAUCUACAACUUGUUGUAUGAGAUAGGAUCAAUGAAGGAKAUGAUAACACCUCUGAAAGACUCUGCAGGAAAUACUAUGUUGCAUUUAGUUGGACAAAAUGCUAAGAAAAACCGACUUCAGGAUGUGUCAGGAGUCACCUUCCAAAUGCAACGAGAAUUACUAUGGUUCAAGGAAGUAGAGGCUAUGAUCCCUCCUUCUUACAGAGAAAGGAGGAAUGCAGAGGGCCUAACACCAUAUGAAUUAUUCACUAGGGAGCAUAAAGAACUGGUUUCCAAAGGCGAAGAAUGGAUGAAAGGAACAGCUAACCAAUUCAUGGUGGUCGCUGCACUUAUCGCAACCAUUGUAUUUGCGGUUGCCUUUUCAAUUCCAGGUGGAUACGACCAAGAUAAUGGAUUUCCUACGUUUCUCCGAAAAGAGAUUUUCAUAGCGUUUGUCAUUUCAGACGCUAUUUCUUUGAUCUUCUCUUCAGCGUCAAUCCUCAUGUUCUUAUCCAUCCUCACAUCUCGUUAUGCUGAACAAGAUUUCUUGGAAUCAUUACCUCAGAAACUGAUGAUAGGUCUAGCAACACUUUUCCUCUCAAUAAUGACCAUGAUGAUCGCGUUCAGUUUCAGCUUUUUCGUGCUUUACCAUAACAAGUUGAUUUGGGUGCCAAUCGUUAUUAAUGUAGUUGCUGUUGUACCUGUCGUUUUAUAUGCUAAACUGCAAUAUCCUCUUUUGAUGGACGUGUAUCGCUCCAUAUAUGGUUCCAGGUAUAUCUUUAAGCCCAAGAAACGUAUGCUUUACUACAAAAACCCGAAGUUGUAGUUGUUGUCCUUGUUUACGGUUUUGAAUACAAAGUUCCAUUUGAACCUUUUUAUGGCUAUUUAUUAA